GGAUUAUUUGGAAAAGAUACUUUCAUAUGCAACAUUCGACAUAAUCACUUAUGAAAAAAUAAUUCUAGCUAACUCAAAAUUCAGUAAAGAAUCACAACCAAAAGUUAACGUACCAAGACUUGUCCCUGGAAUCACAAGUUUUCAUGAUGAGAUAGAAAUAGGUGACUGGAUAAUGGACAACAUAACUAUAAGAUUGCCACAUUGGAUAAAGAAAUAUAACAUAGAAAAAGGCCUUAUAGUAACCCAGAAUGAAUUAGAAUGUAGUGAAGAAAACGUUAUUGAAUUUUUGUGUGAUCCUGAAUUUAAUGUUGACGAAACAAUAUCAUUGAGAAUAUUUCACAUAAAGAAUAAAUUUGAUCUAUUGCUAAAUGAUAAUAAAAUAGAUGACAAAGAAAAGUCCAAACUUGAAAAUAAUCCAUUUGGUUUAGCAAACUUUUCUGAUUCAACGGUCAAUGUAAUUGCUUAUAAUAUUUUUCAAAAGCAACUAAAAAUUCAAAUUGACACAGAUAGAAUUAAAGUUUCAACGAAGUUUGAAAAUAAAAUCGAAGAAGCAUUAAAUAGUAACAAACCUUACACAGAAUUGUUAACUGUUUUUAAUAAAUAUGGACAUUAUUUUUACAAAGAUUAUUAUUUGGUCGAACAAAUAUCUGAAGAUAUUUUACCGCAAAAAAAACCAAAACUAACCAAGUUUAUAAAAAAAUUAAAUGUAAGACGAUUAUCAUCACCAAAUAUUAAUACACAAAUUGAGGUUGGACAAAUGUCUGAAGAUAUUUUACCACAAAAAAGUCAAAAGCAUAUAACCAAGUUUAUAAAUGCAUGUAAAAAAUUAAAUGUAAGAUCAUUAUUAUCUUCAGAUGAUCACAAUAAUAUCGAACUCGGGGAUAUCACAAAGUGGUUAAAAAAAAGCAAGAGUCCUGAUAAUUGGCAUGUCGUGAAUCGAUCAGAGCUAAUACCAAUAUGGAAACUUCUUAAGCCCAGUAUUCAGAUGAAAAUUGAUAAAUUAUUGAAUAAAGAUCGGAUUUUGAUGAUCGGGGAAGAAGUAAUAGAGAACAACACUAUAUUCCAUCAAAUUAAACUUGAUCAAUGUUUACGACGUAAUGAAUAUCAAGUUAUUGGAUCGAUUCAAAACUCCAAAAAAACGAAUCUAAAUGCUACUAAUCUUCAUAUAAUGAACUGCAACAAUUUUUUUAUUAACAUAGAAAAGUCUGAG